GACGGCUCGAUUCAUUCAUCUGCGGCUUUUACACUCAAACCAGCACAGAGGCGCCAUUGUAAACAUGGGAAAUCCCAGAGUUUUCUUUGACAUCGCUGUGGAUGGCGCUGACAUCGGCAGGAUCAAAAUGGAGGUUAUAUCAAUAAAUACAGACAAGAUCAAGUAUAUCAUGCUCAUAUCCAACAAAAUAGUCCUGCUCCAACGGAAACGCCCAUCAUCAGCUUCAUCAUCUUCAUCAUCUUCAUCAUCUUCAUGAUCUGCAUCAUCAUCAGCAUCAGCAUCAUCCUCAUCAUCAUCAUGGCAUUUGUUUAGCUCCGGGCUGAUGUGGUCCCGAAGACGGCAGAAAACUUCCGUGCUUUGUGCACUGGAGAGAAAGGUUUUGGCUACAAGGGCUCUUCGUUUCACCGUGUCAUCUCUAAAUUCAUGUGCCAGGGCGGAGACUUCACCAACCACAAUGGAACUGGAGGCAAAUCCAUCUACGGAGAGAAGUUUGCUGAUGAGAACUUCCAGUUGAAACACACAGGCAUAGGGACACUGUCGAUGGCUAACGCUGGGCCCAACACCAAUGGGUCCCAGUUUUUCAUCUGCACAGCGUCAACUGACUGGCUGAACGGGAAGCACGUGGUGUUUGGCAACGUCGUGGAGGGAAUGGAUGUUGUGAAGGCAAUGGACAAGUACGGUACAAAGAGCGGUACUCCUAAAGCCAAGAUUGUUAUUGCCGACUGUGGCCAAAUAAAUUAGUCCAUCUCACUCAGUUCCUUUGUGUCAGUCUACUCUCCUGUCAGACUUAUCCUUAUCAUCCACAUCCCAGUUAGUCUUUGAGAUGGUGCAUAUCUACAGUAUGAGUAGAAAAAACACUCUAAAACAGUUUGUCCAAUAUUCACUCUAUCAUUUUUUUUGUACGUUCCAGUUUGUCCUUCAGGACCGCAUUUAAGAUCUAACUUACAUUGAUGAUGCUGAUGAUGGAUGAUGAAGAUGAUGAUGGUGUAAAUAAAUCAAUUUCCCGUC